AGCGGUUGGAUGCAUUGGAGCUAGACACUGUGCUUUCUGAAAUAUGCUUGAUGAACACUCACACUGAAAUGUAUUGGCGAUUCGUGAGAAGGCGUAUCAAAGGUGCUUCCAAAGAUGAAAAACACGAUGAGUUUGUUAUGGUGAAUGCCGAUGACUUCGGAGAUUUGGACGAGGAAAAGAAGAAACAACUUGAAGAAGAACGGCUGAGGAGGAAAAUAGAAAGGGAGAGAAAACUUGAUCAGCUGCUGAAUAGAAGUCUAGUUGGCUCGAAGAUGCAGGAACUACUGGGUAAUUAUAUCCUUUUGGAACAGUACUAUAUGGAAGAAUGCGUACGAAAAGCGAUAGACAUGGACGUUAGGGAAGAAGGACUGUUAAGCUCGGUUGUGGAUGACGUUCUUUUCCUGGUUCGUAAAUGCGUAAGGAGGGCUACAAGUAGCGGUUCUGUGGAUUGUAUCUGUGCUGCACUGAAUAAUGGAGUAGCGCUGUUAGAAACUACCUUUUACCAAUACCUUUUUGGAGCAAUCCAGAAUGGUUACCCAUCCACGAAUUUUGCCGCCGAGGCUCUUCAGACAGCUCAAAAUGCGUAUAAUGUCAUUCAGCACGGGAAAGCGUCCGAGGCUUCAACAGAUACUCAAAAGGAAUCAUUCCUAACUGCUACAAACAAUGCAAGAGGCACUGCGGAUCUACUUUUAGAAUUAAGAAAAGGAUUAGAACAGGAGUGGAGCAAAACUCAGCGAAGUGAGGUAGAAACCGGUAAACUGGAUAAUGCUGUUAGCCAGCUCACAGACGUGUCGAGAAAGAUGCAUCAUUUGGCGUCACUUGGUGUAGAGUCUUUGUGCAAGACCAUCUUUAGGCCGAAACUCAAAUCAAGGUUUUUUUUAAAUCGAAAUGACUACUUGAAAUAUACGAUUUCACAGCCAGUUCAUAGUAAACCAGUUAAUCAGCUAUUGUUUUGUGGUCAUUGGUAAGG